AUGUCGGAGGUCCUCACUGUAGAUGCUAUUCUGUUUGGGUUUCUGGUCUUCUCUGGCAUCCUGGGAAACAUACUGGUCAUCCAUGUGGUGUUUCAGUCGGACAUUGGAAAUUUGUCUCAUCGGCUCCCUCCCUCUGACAUCAUCCUGGUGAACCUGUCACUGGCCAACCUGCUGACGUCUCUGUUCCGCACGGUACCCAUCUUUGUGUCUGAUCUGGGUCUGGACGUGUCACUGUCCCAGGGCUGGUGCCGCCUCUUCAUGUUGCUGUGGGUGUGGUGGCGGGCCGUGGGCUGCUGGGUCACUCUGACCCUCAGUGCCUUCCACUGUGCCACCCUGAAGCGACAGCAUGUGGCCAUGGGCCCCCUUGCACAGGAGCAUGAGAGGAGGAAGGUGUGGGUGGCUCUGGGGCUUGUCUGGGGACUCAAUCUCGCCUUUUCCUUGCCAGCGCUGGUUUACACCACACAUGUCCAAGGCAAUGCCACGGUGGAGCUGAUGGUGAUCAGCUGCACCACCAGGCCCCUGCUGGGCUGUAUGUGGGAAUUCCCCUCGGAGGAGCAGGGCUCGGCCUUCGCCUCCACCUCCCUGGUCCUCAAUGAGGUGGUUCCCCUGAUGCUGAUGGUGGGCACCAACCUGGCUACGCUGCACUCGCUGGCCAAACACAUCCGGGCCGUCACCUCGACGGGCGAGGCAGGGGGAGGGACGCAUGGCGAGCUGGACAGACAUGUGUCCAGUGAACGCAAGGCCAGUCAUGUGAUUAUGUUGCUGGUGAUGCUGUUUGUGGUGUGCUGGGUCCUGCAAGUUGCAGCGGUGACAUACUAUAACCAUAACAGGGGGCUCCAUGCGGAGGAGCUGCUGACUGUGGCCCACUUCUCUGCUUCUGUGUUUGUGGGCUUCAGUCCCAUGGUGGUGGCUCUGGGACACGGCAAGCUGAGGAAGAGGAUCAUGAAGAUGAUCGCUGGCUGUGCUGACAGAGUGAAAUGUCAACAGGAGAAAAUAAUAGAUGAAAGCAAAGCUCCAGACACAAGGGAGACGACUGCAAAACAAACCGUUUUCACUAUUCAGAAGGAGAGAGAGGUUAUCAAAUAA